AUGGGAUGGCAGCUUAACUGGGCGAAUAAAGCGCUAGUACCCAGGGAAUACGAUUCCAUCUCACACCUGGGAGUUUUGAUGUUAGCUGUACGAUUCCAUCUCACACCUGGGAGUUUUGAUGUUGGCUGUACGAUUCCAUCUCACACCUGGGAGUUUUGA